GUGACCCCGCGGGGCUGCUGCGCAGGGCCGGCCGCCCCGCCCCACUUGGUGGCUGUGACCGCGAGACCCCGGCGCAGGGCUGCGGAUGCAGAGCCAGGAAAUGCGCACGUCCGGGAUCGCGGGCCGCAGUCCCCCAGACCCCGCGCGUUUCCGGACGCCGCGGGAUCCAGGCCCGGGCUGCAGCGCGAGCCUGUCCCUGAGCCCCACGGGGAGGAGAGAGAGGCGGUCACAGGGCACGCCUCCCCCCCCUCAGGCAGCAAACCCGCGAGGGGGCGACAACUGACUCAAGGCCCAGGUGUGGGACAGAGGACGUCUAGGCUCGACGCUGCCCACCAGCAAGGGGCCGGGCGCUGCCCGGCGCUCUGGAACUCUGGCGUGGGCACGGGCCUAGGCGCGUUCCCGGAAGAUCGCGGCCUCCGCAACAGGCUGGGCCUUGUUGAGGCUAAGUAGACGCCAAGUGGAGCCCAUCCCUCUCAGCGGGAGCGAGUCUGCCCCGCACGCGUGAGGCUGGCAGACCUGACGUCCGCGUGCAUCGGGGUGCCCGUGGGGACCGCACUUGGCUCUUUGCCUCCAACACCCUUGUGCAUCCGCGGAGGAGAAAAGGGCACAGAGAGGCCAAGCGACCCCCCCGGGGUCGUGCAGCAGGGUGGGCUAUGCGGCAAAUAGGGUCAGGGCACAGAGAGGUGAGGGGGACCUGGAAGGCCGCCGGGCUUCUCCCCUGCCCCUCUCGCCAGAGUGAGGAGCCGAGAAAGGGGAACCCCACGGGCCCGCCUGCCGGGGGCGCUCCUGGCCGCAGUCUCUCCCGGCCCCAGUCCCUCCCGACUGGACUCCACCGGCCUAGGAGCAGAGGCCCCGCCUUUGCAUUCACUGGCCCUCAGUCCCCGGCAUGCAUCGAGCCACUCCCUGGGAUCAGCUCAGGGACACCCAAGGAUCGCCAAGCUCCAGCGGCAGAUUUCCCGCUUCCUCGGCUUUGCUCCCGCCGCCGGCGGCUCUGGAGGUGCUGUCCACGCGCCGCCUCCUACGGGCGGCCCUCCCGACUCCAUCGCCUACGGGCUUGACGGUGCUUCAGGCGCAGACCCCGGCCGGGGCCGAGGAACCGGGACAGGGAGCCGCCUGGGUCCCUUUAAACUAGCGGUUCGCGCAGUCCCCGGGUUUCCAUGACGACGGCGGACGGGUGGGGGACCCGGGCGGGGUCCGGGCGCAUGCGCGUGCGCGCCGGACGCAGCGCGUCUUCCCGAGUCGCCCGCUCUGCUGUCGCGGGGUCCCCGAACCGCGGCCGCCCGGGCUUCCUCCACUCGGCCAUGGCCCCCUCGCCGCCGUGCUGGCCCCCGAGGUCGUCAUCGCGGCUGCUGCUGCUGCUGCUGCUGCUGCUACUACUGAGUGUCGCGCUGCUGGGCGUCCAGGCCCGGGCCGAACCCGCCGCCGCCGCCGCCGCCGCCGCCGGGAGCGCGCUCCCCGCACAGAGCCGCCCGUGCGUGGACUGCCACGCUUUCGAGUUCAUGCAGCGCGCUCUGCAGGACCUUCGGAAGACGGCCUACAGCCUGGACGCGCGGACGGAGACUCUCCUGCUGCAGGCGGAGCGCCGGGCCCUGUGUGCCUGCUGGCCGGCUGGGCGCUGAGGACCCUCAACUGGCACUGUUCUUUCACCAAUAAACACCUGGCCUGUCGUGUCUA